UCUCAGGCUGACUGUGCGGUGUUGGUGGUUGCGGCUGGAGUGGGAGAGUUUGAAGCCGGGAUUUCUAAGAACGGCCAGACUCGGGAGCACGCACUCCUGGCCUACACCCUGGGUGUCAAACAGCUGAUCGUGGGAGUCAACAAGAUGGACUCCACCGAGCCUCCGUAUGGACAGAAGAGGUACGAGGAAAUUGUGAAGGAAGUCAGCACCUACAUCAAGAAAAUCGGUUACAACCCCGAGACGGUGGCCUUUGUGCCUAUCUCAGGCUGGCACGGUGACAACAUGCUGGAGGCCAGUGCUAAUAUGAGCUGGUUUAAAGGCUGGAAGAUUAACCGUAAGGACGGUAGUGCUAACGGAGUGACUCUGUUGGAGGCUCUGGACUCUAUCCUGCCUCCCCAGAGACCCACCGAGAAGCCACUGAGACUGCCUCUCCAGGAUGUCUACAAGAUUGGCGGGAUAGGCACUGUGCCAGUAGGCCGUGUGGAGACAGGUAUCCUGAAGCCGGGAAUGGUGGUAACAUUUGCUCCUGUUAACGUCACCACGGAGGUGAAGUCUGUGGAGAUGCACCACGAGGCCCUGACCGAGGCUCUGCCCGGAGACAACGUCGGCUUCAACGUCAAGAACGUGUCCGUCAAAGAUAUCCGCCGCGGCAACGUGGCCGGCGACAGCAAGAACGACCCACCAGUGGAGGCCGCCAACUUCACUGCACAAGUGAUUAUUCUGAACCACCCUGGGCAGAUCUCCGCGGGCUACGCUCCGGUGCUGGAUUGCCACACCGCUCACAUUGCGUGUAAAUUUGCCGAGUUGAAGGAGAAGAUCGAUCGUCGCUCUGGGAAGAAGCUGGAGGACAACCCCAAAUUCCUGAAGUCCGGCGACGCUGCCAUUGUGGAGAUGAUCCCUGGCAAAGCCAUGUGUGUGGAGAGCUUCUCGGAGUAUCCUCCUCUGGGGCGCUUUGCGGUGCGUGACAUGAGGCAGACUGUGGCGGUGGGUGUUAUCAAAGGGGUGGAGCGGAAGGCCACUGGUACUGGCAGGGUCACCAAGUCUGCCCAAAAGGCCCAGAAAAACAGAUGAAGUCCACAUCGCCUAGCUGCCACCUCAGGCUGCUCUCUCGUGCCAGCGGGAGACAUCAUAACCAUAGUUUGCCAUUUAAGCUCCAUUUUAAAAGACUGGUUAAUGAUCAAAAUGCAUCGUAAAUGCUUCCGAAGGAAAGGAUAGUGAACCGUUUAUUUCAUUAAUCUGUGCUGUGGCAGUUUUAAGUUAUUAGUUUAAAGCUGUACUUUGUGAGAACCAAUAAUUCUGUCACAGAAUUCAACUAUUAAAGACUUGCAU